CUGAAAGCAGGACAAUUAACAAGGAUAUUAUGUUAUCACUGACUACAAAGAAUGAAUAAAAAAACAGCACAGUGGAAGUCAGGCACCCUUGUUCUAUUAGUACAGCUCUUGCUGUGGACAUCUAGGGUGAAUGGUAGCUCAUGGCAAUGCAGUGAAGAGCGACUGGUUUAUUCAAGUGACUUUGUUCACUCAAGGACAGUAUUAGCAGGUAGUCUUCUCUCUUACAAUUUAUCUGACCCCAUUCUGAUACGGCACCCAUGCAGAAAAUAUUUCUCUGGAGGUAUUUCUCCAGCACUGUACCUUGGGGGAAAAGUAUUCAUCAGCUUGGAUGGAUUUGAAAGUAGUCUUUUGCCACUGACCAUUGUACAUAGACAUAUAACUUCACCUGCUUUGGUCAGCGAUGCUAUAUUUGUGCAAAAUUCUCGAGCGCUCUUAAUAAUAAAUGGCAAAGUCUAUAUUUAUUUCUAUAUAUGGAAAAGCUGGUUAAUGUCAAAAGGGAUUGAUAAACCUGUUACAAAGAUUACAAACAUGGAGUGCUGCUAUUCUACAAGUGACCCUGUCUGUAAUCAAAUCAGUAAUUAUGUAGUGGCUUAUGACAUUGGGAAAUCAGCUGAAGACACUAGCAUCUUCUCCUCAUAUGAUGGAGGUUACACAUUUAGUCCAUUCAACAUUACACCAAAGCCUGAAGGGAUGCUUAUUGGAGUCUACAACUUUGCUUCAUUAGCACAAGUUGGAAUGCUCUUCAAUCAAACUGUGGAAUAUGGUAAUAGGUCUGCUUAUUUCACAUACACUGGUACAAGCUUUAUGAACAACCGCAAAGGUAUUGUCUUCUUCCUGAGAGCCUACAAAAAUGAGAAUGUUUUGAGCAUAACACCUCCUGGUAUGAGAGGUUUUAUCAUGCUUUGGACUAAACAUGAUUCAGUGUUCUCCUUCAACAAUGGCCUGACUUUAGAACCCAUCUCUGUCCUUCCCACAGGGAAAUAUAUUAACUACUCGCUCCCUAAAUACGAAAAUGGCAUUUGUAAUGUGGCUGUCACCUCUAAUGAGGUUGCAGCUCUCACUAAGAAUCAGAAGCUUUUCUACGGAACCCUGGAUAUAGUCUCCACAAAAAUGGUGCUCAUUGGAGAGAGAAACAGUAGUGAGAGUACAGCACAUUGUGAGGUGUUAAUGUUUGAUACCACUGGAAUGCUUACCAUCUUCAAACCUAUACCCAGCAAUGAAUCUGGAUUUUAUGAUUUUCACAAAUGUAUCAUCAAUUUACAGGACAGGCUCAUGAAUGUGCGGCCACACCUACAACCCUGUCCUGUUGAGAUCCUCAGUGGUGAUUUCCAUAACAAAAUGUACUAUAUAGACAUGAAGAAGAAACUUCAAUUUAACAUCACUUUUGUGCCCAAGCCAGGCACUGGGGCCUUCCCUUAUGUCACUGUGAGCAAUCCACAUGUGCUAGGGUUCCAGGCCAAACUUUUGCAGGACGGCUAUACCUAUGAUGGAAAUACUAAAUAUCGCCUACAAAUUACAGCACUACAACAGCAGUUCACAGGCAUAGCUGAAAGUGACUUUCAUGAUGACCUUUAUCAUAAGAAGAUAUCUACCCUCACUGUGGAUAUCUACAACAAAGGCAUAUUCUGCAUUGACAUGCAUCCCCUGACAGCUCUUAUUGCAUUGGACUGUCCACCUACUAAACAUAUAAGACCCUUUAAAAAUAUAACAGUGUGCAACAAAGGACUCUUCCAUGAAGCUAAACUGCAGGAUAAUUUCCAUUAUAUAAUUCAUAAGGAUGUAUAUGAUCCACUGUUCCUUGGUAGACGGCACCUACAACAAGGUGACAUUAAUGUUUCCUAUUCUUAUAAGCUUUUUGGAUGUCCAAUGCUGUGGUAUUAUGAUAGCCCAUGGCUACCAGUACUUGAACUAUGGGAAGAUGGUAAAUUUGUGGAAUAUGUUUCUGCUGACUUUGUACUAUUUGAAAUAAAUGGCAUGCAUAAUUACGAUUAUCUCCUGACUGCAUCAGAAGCUAAAUGUAUCUCACAGCCUCAGAACUGGAAUGAAACUUUGCAAGUGCAACCUUACCCAGACCCACACACUUCGUGGAACAGAGUGACCUAUAGAAAUUGUAAAAAGCCCAGUGCAAAAGAACCUUUAGUAUCAUCUUCUUUAAAAUAUCAAAUUCUAAACCUUAAUGAAGAGAACAGGGUAAUAUUUUCACAGUACAAUGGCAUAUAUGUCUUCAAAGUGAUUGUCGUAGAUACAGUAUAUAGUUACUGUGAACUAUCAACUAUUUUCAGUGUCUAUGUGCUUGGUGCCCUCCCAAAAUCUCAGAUAAACCCUAUAGGUAUGGUGAUUGGUAUUCUGAUUUUCAUAUUGGGUUCAAUUUUGAUGGGAUAUUUCUUUCCUAAAUUGUUACUUUUGAGACAAAAGGCAGCAAUGAAAUCCUUGAAGACCUAA